UAUAGACUAUGAAAUGUCUGAUAUUUGGAAAUUAUUUUGCAGGGUGUGUGAUGUCAUUCCAGCUUCCAUAAUGGCUGGCAUGGUUCAAGGAAAGGAUAAAAACACCGCUAAGCAGCGCUCACUUACAGUCUUUGCCACAUCUGACAGGACCAUUGACUUAAUUUGGAAAACACCAACACAUACUGUCUAUAAGAUGGCUUUGAGUCUUCCAAUUGCACUGCCACUUGAAGAAAUCACAGGUCUCACCCCCUUCGAUGACAUUGCUGAUAACGUCCACUACUUGUUUGCCAAGGCUGGCGCAGGUUAAAGUUGUGGAAUGGAUGAGAGGACAGACCUGUGGACUCUGUGGAAAGGCUGAUGGGGAAAUCAGACAAGAAUACCGCACGCCCAAUGGACGCUUGACCAAGAACGCAGUCAGCUAUGCUCAUUCCUGGGUUCUGCCAGCCACGAGUUGUAGGGACAGCAUUGAGUGUCGUAUGAAGCUUGAAUCUGUGCAACUGGAGAGGCAGGUAAAUCUCCAUGGCCAGGAAUCCCAAUGCCACUCUGUUGAGCCCGUACUGCGCUGCCUGCCCGACUGUUUCCCUGUGAAAACCACCACUGUCACUAUUGGCUUCCACUGCCUUCCUGCUGAUUCUGCCCUGAAUCGUCCAGAGAGUCUGCGAAGCAUCUACGAGAAGAGCGUGGACCUGAGAAAAACAGAAGCCCAUCUAGCCUGCAGCUGCACUGCUCAGUGUGCUUAAUAACACUUUCUUCUAUUGGUCACUUACAUCAAUUCCAUUUAAAUAAAUUGCAUCUCAAAAUAAGCGUUCUGUUAAGUUAUUUUGACUAUUGUGACUUCAUAGAUCUACAGUGAUGCAUUACUUAAAGGGAAAAUGCACUAUAUGAUCAAUGUCCUUCCAUAUUGAGAAUCGGUGUGCUAAAAAAAAAGUAUUUUACCUUACUACUACACUGAUUAGUCAGCUGCUUUUUUUCUUUUAAUGUAAAUGUUUGGGAGGCUUAUUCCAUUAUUGUUAAAGAAUGUACAUUUGUGGACGACUAUUGGCACCUUUUUAUUUGAAUCGUAAAACAAUUGUGGAAUCCAGAAAAAAUGUUUGGUGUUCAUAUGUAUUUCUUUGGUAUGCAGAGAAACAAAAGUUGUAAAAAUCUGUGACUAUACAGAUAAA